UGAAUUUUCAUUGUUGUUUUGUUUGGCAUCAUGAAAAUAAACAUCAGCUUUGUUUUGAUUGUAAACAAAAAUCUUCAUAUUCGUUACAUACAAUGAUUUCAUUUCGUUGUUUAUGAUAUGUGGUAGAUUCGGCUCCAAUUAAUUUGCAAUGUUUGUAAACUUUUCAUUGUUUUGACGAAACGCAAGCGCAAGGCGUCGUAAUACAUGACAUCACAAACAAGUAGCAAUUUGAGUUUCCUUUGGCUCCUAUUACUUUGUCAGUGGAAACGAUGGAAUCAACACGUUUCGUUUUUGGUUGGUCGAGUUUAGUGUUUGCAUUAUUUGCAUCUAGCACUUUAGCUUUAACACCGCAGUGCCGAAAUGAACGAGGUGAACCAGUGGAUUGGUUCUAUGUGUAUAAAUUACCCAGAGAGAAGAACCACUUAAACCCUCUUGUUAGAAGAGGAGUAGCUUACAUGCACUUAACACCAUCAAAAUUAAGAGGGGGGUGGAUUAUGUCUGAUUUGGCUAUUGGAGACCCAAGAUCUAUGGUUGGGAAAACUCUGGCACCAUUAUACCAGGAUAAAAACAUAAUUUCCUUAGUGUACAAUGAUCAGCCUCCUGCUACUGAACACCAACCAGAUAUAUUGCAAACAGUUGCAGAGAUGUAUUCCAGGAGCAAGAAAGGACAGCAGAAACAAUCAACUAUCAGAAAGUACAAGAAGUUUAAGCUUGGUGACAAAUAUUAUGAUGACUAUGAUUUAGCAGAAAUGUGUAAAAUGCAUUCAAAGUUUAUGAAAAACAGAGUUGAGAAUGGUCACACAAAAGGUGUUAUACUUGGAGAUAAAUUUACUUCUCUGUGGCUUGUUCAUUCCGUACCUCGUUUUCCACCUAUACCUGAUAUGAAUGGGCUCAAUGUGAGCUCAUACAGCUACCCAGCGACUGGUAUGAAGUAUGGCCAGUCAUUUCUCUGUGUGUCUGUCCAAACCUCCACACUGAACCAAAUCGGCACCCAGUUGAAGUACAAUGAGCCUUUGAUCGUAUUUCAUAGAAUACCACAGGAAUUUGAGAGUGAACUACCAAAUUUAGUUGAUGUUAUAAGAAAUAAAACUGUUGACUCUUCUCCAUGGUAUCACAUAGAAAGUUUUGAAACACUUGUCGGUCGUAAAUUUCUCUCUUUUGCAAAGAGUGCAAUGUUCAAUGACGAUUUAUAUAGUGGGUUAGUAGCUGAAGUAUUGCAGUCAGACUUACUCGUUGAGUCUUGGACAAAUGGACCGGGGACUUUGGAUUCGGAAUGCAAUAGGAACUUUCAAGUAAGAAACAUAGAGCGUCUCAAGUUUCCAAUCGCCAAAAUGUCGUUCACAUCACACAAUGACCACUCAAAAUGGACGGUAGCUGUCGCACACAAAAUGCACAACAGUCAAGACACAAAAGUCGCUGACUAUUGGGUCUGCGUGGGAGAUAUUAAUCGAGCGUUACCACAAGAAUCACGAGGUGGCGGUACGGUAUGUACUUCCGGACCAAUUCUGUGGGGAAAUUUCGCACAUCUUAUUGAAUCUGUGCAAACUUGUAAUUAGUGGUUCAUUUACAAGCCGCCGACUGAAAUAAUACCAUACACGCGAUUGGGUAAAAACUUUACGUUUAUAACUUCAGACGAGCCCGGCAGAUGGCGCGCGUCGUUCCCACAUACUAAUAUUAAUUCCAAUUCUCUAUUGCAACACACUUUAUCGCCUAUUUUUAGGCCGACAUAUUCAGAUCACAUAGCUAUAGCAAUAUAUGAUAGAAAAAAGGAUCGUAAAAACUUGGGUUCCGCAGCACAUGGAGUUCUUAUAGCGGAUGAAGUCGGAGGUGUGUGGAUCGGCCAUACCGUCCCAGACCUUAUUAAUUUAAAACGUGAACGUCCGUUAUUUCCUGAGGAAGAAACUGCAAAUGGCCAUCUACUUAUGUGUCUAUCAGUUGAUUUAGAAACAAUAAAUCUCAUUGCAAAAUAUCUUACCUACACAUCGCCGCAUUUCACCCAUAUUCAAAUACCAGAGACGUUAAUAAAGUAUCUGCCUGAAUGGAGUUUUCAACAACCUCCCUUGACGGUGUCACGACUAAAACCUCUAACAUUUACCACAAAAGGCAAGAGCCUACAAUCUGAGUUGCAUGUAAGACGUCCAAGGGACCAACAAUGCCUUUACAGAAGCUUUGCAAGGGCAAAACAUAUCAUACUCGACGUGUAUGGUCAGUCUGAAAGUGAUUAUUUGACUACUGUAUGUGCGCAGAGUUUUGGUGUUCGCAACAUAGAGAACAUAUCCCUAAAACAACACGAUCCAGAACGCGUGUUCUAUUUCCACAACGUGACAGACCAUAUGAGGUUUGCUGUGAGCACAGCAGCGCAUUGGCAAAAAAGAGGUUCUGGCCCAAUACAAUAUUGGACUUGUAUUAGUGAUUUAGAUAAAGAAGAUACGAGAGGAGUUGGGGGACAUCUGCUUUGUAUCCAUGAUUAUAAAGUAUGGUGGGCGUUCGAUAAUUUCAAAAUAAAGGAGCCUAAUUGUUAUUCGUUUUUUUAUUUCACAAUAAACUCUCCCUAUAGACGUAUAGUGAUUUAG